AUGGAAGAACAGGUGUUCAAGGGGGACCCCGACACUCCUCAUUCCAUCUCCUUUUCUGGCAGUGGAUUUCUCUCCUUCUACCAGGCCGGGGCGGUGGAUGCCCUUCGAGACCUGGCCCCCCGGAUGCUGGAAACAACCCAUCGCUUCGCCGGGACGUCGGCGGGGGCAGUGAUUGCGGCCCUGGUCAUCUGCGGGAUUGAAAUGGAUGAGUACCUCAGAGUCCUCAAUGUAGGUGUGGCCGAGGUGAAGAAAUCCUUCCUGGGACCCCUGUCCCCAUCCUGCAAGAUGGUGCAGAUGAUGAGGCAGUUUCUGUACAAGGUCCUGCCUGAGGACUCCUACAAAGCGGCCACAGGAAAGCUCCAUGUGUCCCUCACUCGGUUCACAGAUGGAGAGAGUGUCGUGGUGUCAGAGUACACAUCCAAGGAGGAGCUCAUUGAGGCACUUUACUGCAGCUGCUUCGUCCCCGUGUACUGCGGCCUCAUUCCUCCAACUUACCGGGGCGUGCGCUACAUCGACGGGGGCUUCACGGGCAUGCAGCCCUGCUCCUUCUGGACCGAUUCCAUCACCAUCUCCACCUUCAGCGGGCAGCAGGACAUCUGCCCCCGGGACUGCCCUGCCAUCUUCCAUGACUUCCGCAUGUUCAACUGCUCCUUCCAGUUCUCCCUGGAGAACAUCGCCAGGAUGACCCAUGCCCUGUUCCCGCCAGACCUGCUGAUCCUGCACAACUACUACUACCGAGGGUACGAAGAUGCCGUUUCCUACUUGAGGCGGCUGAAUGCUGCUUACCUCAAUUCUCCGUCCAAGAGAGUGAUGUUCCCCCGUGUAGAAGUGUACUGCAACAUAGAACUUGCCCUUGGCAAUGAGUGCCCUGAAGGCAGCCAAUCAAGCCUGCAAACAGAGCAGGAGGAAUCCAUACAACUUCACGCACAGUGGGCUCCCAAAGAGGAAGGAAAGGGCGGCCAUGGUCCACGUGUGCCCUCACCUGUGGAAACACCUGAAUCCACACAUGAGUGUCCUGUCGAAUCACCUGUUUCACCAGCUGCCUCUUCAUUUGAGUGGCCAGAGCAGUUGCAGGUGACUGCACAUUCUCCGGCUGAUCUGCCGCCUGCCUCCCUCCCAGCUGUGCCCUUAACACUCAGCUCAACACCUGCCCAGUCACGAGCACCAUCACAGCAGCAAGUACAAAUGACUGGAUCACCACCAAGAUCCCCGCCCUCCCAGCCAUCUAUGUCACCCAGGCCAUCCCUGGGGCCUUCGGCUGUAGUGGCAUCUCAAACAUUGCCCCAGUGUUCUCCUACACAGCUGCCUUUGGAGGACCUGGGCCCAGAACAGCCCCAAGCUUGCCUUGCCUCUUCAAAUCAGAAAGGUGCCAUGCCUGUGGUUAAUAUGAAGGAAGCCACCAGCAAGCCUUAUGCAAUGGACAACCCUGGUGAAGACUCGAGUUGGAUGAGCAAGAUAUUCAAGAAAAACAAACAAAAGACAAAUGGCACCAGAAAAUGCUUCCCAAGACAUCCACGAUCCAGAAAACCAGGCAGCAAAGUGCAGUGA